AUGGUUGCGGAGAAAGUUGGAGUUGCAGUUCCAUUGUUGAUUGGAGUUCCAGUUCCAUUGUUGAUGCUCGCAGAGAAGGAAGGGAAUGAAGAAAACCGUGAGUUUUUCGACUUAACAAACGGUAUUACUUACACCAUGAAUUUUCCAGAGCUUGCUGGAAAACAAUGUUUGGGUGUUGGAAUUCCAGGGUGGCUUUUCACAGCAGAUGGGGAAGGGAAUAUGAAUUUGUUCCAUCUCAAUUCUCGUGCUCUUAUCAAAUUACCCCACAUGAACACGUUGCAAGGUUUCAAUUAUGACGAUGAACGCGGUUACUGUGAGCAUUAUGUUCAAAAAGCCGUGCUUUCUUCGGAUCCUCAUAACAACAAUGACGACGAGGAUUAUAUUUUAAUGAUUAGUCAAGGAGUUCCUCAUACAUUAGCCUAUUGGAAACCUGGAAAAAAUGCUUUUAUCACUGUUGAAACUCGCAGAGCAACUUAUUCUGACGUAACAUGGCAUGAUGGACAGUUUUAUGGGGUUGAUGUUCGAGGGCGCGUUGUUAUAUUGGACUUUAGAGGAGGAUUAGAACCAACUAUUGGAAGGAUGAUUCAAGGCGUUCCCUCUGAGUUUAUCUGUGGAAUGCAUCUCUACAUUGUGCAUUCUCAAGGUGAACUGUUUGUCAUCACUCGAGAUGGAAUUUUUCCACACCCAGAAACAAAGACCUAUGGUGUCAAAGAAUUUAUUGUUUUUAAGGUUGAUGUUGAUAAUGAGAGUCAUGAUGAGGUUAAUGAUUUGGGCAACACAUCACUUUUCCUCGGAUUUAGUGCCUCUGUGGCUGUUGACGAUGUUCAACAGUAUGGGUGCAGGGCUAAUCAUAUAUAUUUUACUGAUGAUUGUUCUUGCGCCUACUAUGCUAUUGAAAAAGGAGGCGGCAAGGACAUGGGCAUAUAUAACUUGCUUGAUGAUACAAUCGAGCCUCACUAUACUGGUGAAUCGUAUCACAGAUUUACUCCACCUAUAUGGAUCUUCAACACUCCUUUUGUUGCUUGA